CCCUAGCCAUCUCACCCAUCACACACUCUUCCUCUGUUAAACCAACGAGAAUGGGGUUCUCAAAGGUUGCAUUUUCUCUUGCUAUCGUGAGCGCCAUUUGCCUUUCCACCAUCCAUCUUGCCCAAGCCCAGAAUGAGUACCUCGGCCCCCACAACGCCGCCCGAGCGGCGCUGGGCCUGCCCCGCAUGAGUUGGAACCAGAAUCUAGCAAACUUCGCCCAGAGGUACGCCUCCCAGCGUGUUCGGGACUGCAGGCCUAUUCCCCCACCCGGCCCCUAUGGCUGGAACAUUUACAUCGGCACCCGCGGCAGGGACACUCCCUCCGCUGCGGUGGCCUCAUGGGUGAGUGAGAAGCAGUAUUACCGCUGCCCAUCCAACACUUGUGCUGCAGGGAGGACAUGCUCGCACUACACGCAGGUGGUGUGGAGCACAUCGACGCAGCUCGGUUGCGCACGCAUGAGAUGCAACAACGGUAACUACUUCAUCAUGUGCAGCUACAACCCACGUGGCAACCUGCCAGGGCAGCGGCCAUACCGUUGCGUCCGUGAGGAAGCGAUGGAGGCUGUGAGAGGUGCCAUGGGGGAGCUUGUUGAAGUGGCCGUGGAGGAGGCCAUGGAAGGAACUGUGGAGAUGGCCGAGGCAGAAGCUGCGGAUGUGGAGGAGGAUGUUAUCGCUCGGGUAGUGUGAUAGGAGAGUGACAUGGCCCUCCCUGUGUAUCCCUUUUCUCUCGCUUGCUCGUUUGGUGAAGCUCGAAAACGAUGCUUUAUAGCCGGCCCACCCUGCUGUGUUGAAGCAUGGUUGCCGUUGUAUUGUGAUGUGUGUGCGCGCGCGCGCGCGCGCGCGUAUAUAUAUAUAUAUAUAUAUAUAUAUAGCACCUCGAGGUUUGUGUUUUUGUAUUUCCUAUCAAAUAAAUGAAAGG